AUGGCUCAAUCCAUGACUCACCACAUUGUGUGGAUUGUCUUGUUGAUGUUAAUAGCAUUUGCAGGGGCAACUCCACCAGGAAUUGCUAACAACCCUAGUCAUGUAAGAUGCAUGAUAAAGAAAUACAAGCAUUGUUACAAUCUUGACCAUGUAUGCCCAAUGUUAUGUCCUAAUGAGUGCACAGCCGAGUGUGUGUCUUGCAAACCUAUGUGUAUUGGCUCGACAACUCUACAGUUAGAUUCUAAAUCUCUACUUGAAGAUUCUAAAGAUAAGUCUUCUCCAUCAAAUUCUAAAUCUCCACCCAAAGAUCCUGGAGAUAAAUCUCUAUCUCCACCACGAGUCGAAGAUUCUGGAGAUAAAUCUCUAUCUCCACCACGAGGUUUUGAAUCUCCACAUGAAGAUUCGAGAGAUAAAUCACGACCUGAUCAAGAUUCUAAAUCUCCACCAAAAGAUUCUAGAGAUAAAUCUCCACUACCAAAUUCUGAAUCUUCACUUGAAUCUACACCACCACCAUUACCAUUAUCUUCUCCACCUCCUACCAUCACCCCAACUUUGCCACUUCCUACAACUACUCCACCUCCAUCUCCUCCAUUAUCACCACCAUAUUCUCCUCCCCCUACUCCAAAAAUUCCCAAUCCUCCCAUUACUUCUCCUCCACCACAUCUAUUUCAACUUCUCCUUCACCACCACCAUCUUCACCUUCACCUCCAACAUUUCCCUUACCACCAUCCAAUCCCAAUAACCCUCCUGAGCCAGAAUCUCCUGGAUCUCCUUCUUCUACACCAUCUCCAUCUAAUCCGACUUCACCCCUUUUACCACCAUCACCACCUUCUCCUCCAACAACCUCCUCACCCACACCACCACCUUCUUGAGUGUGAUAUGUCAGGAGCAGUGUGCCAAGAUCCUCGUUUCAUAGGUGGGGAUGGCAUAACCUUCUAUUUCCAUGGCAAAAAGGACCAAGACUUUUGCCUUGUCUCAGACCCAAACCUCCACAUCAAUGCUCACUUCAUUGGAAGGCGAAAACAAGACAUGAAGAGAGACUUCACUUGGGUACAAUCCAUCGGUAUCCUCUUCGAUCACCACAAACAUUUCAUCGGAGCACAGAAAACAGCAACUUGGGAUGACACAGUCGACAGUCUCUCCCUCGCAUUCAAUGGAGAGUUCAUACUCCUACCAGACACAGAAGGUGCAAGAUGGCAAUCUGGAACUGCACGAAUGGCUUCUUUUACUAGGGUCAGUGACACAAACAGUGUCAUUGUUGAAGUUGCAGGGUUGUUCAAGAUCACAGCCAACGUGGUGCCUAUUACAGAAGAAGAGUCCCAAGUGCACAACUAUGGUAUUACCAAAAACACGACUUCUUUGCUCAUCUUGACCUCGGCUUCAGGGGGAGCCAGGAUCCUCUCUUAG